UUUUAUAUAACGCCAUUUAUGACGUCAUCAUGUACAACGUCAUUUGACGUUUAAAAACAUUUUUCUUUGUUGUUUAAAUUGUGCAGUCAAAAGACGUAAAAAUGUAGUUAACAUAUAAUUUCCAAUGUUUUGAUAAAGGCAUUAUGCCGAAACGUCAAUUAAAGGAGUAUAAUCAGAGAGUGUUAGAAACGUUGAACGUUCAAGACGACUGAAAUGGAAGACUACAUGGAAAAGGGAGAGGAAGUAGCAAAGAUUUUACAAGAUUAUUAUAAAGAACAAGAGGGCUGGACGUUGUCAAAGAAAACGAAAGAUGGUGCUUCUAUUUUUUACAGACAUUCAAAAGAAUUUGAUGGCUAUCUGUACAAGGGAGAGUGUGUGUAUGAUGCCCCACCACAGACUGUGUUCAACUAUGUUGACCCUCUGCCAGACAGUCACAGGGGCCAAUGGGAUACUGCAGUGAAGCAUAUAGAAACCGUUGAAUGGCUAGUCAAGGACAAGCUACGGGUCAAUCGAUGUUGUACUGACAGUGCAAUGAUGGGUCUGAUAUCACCCAGAGACUUUGUGGACCUCAUCAUCAACAAAGAAACCGACUCCUAUAUAUCCACCAAUGCUGUCAGUUUGCGCUACUCCAAAUGCCCUGAAGAAAAGAAGUAUGUGAGAGGAUGGAAUUAUCCAUGUGGUCUUAUAUGUGAAAAAGUACCUGGUGAACCUAACAAGACUAAGUUGAUAAGUCUGAUCCAGCCAGAUAUCGGUGGAAUGUUGCCGCGCAGUCUAGUUGACAGUGCAAUCCCUGGCUCAAUGACGACGUUCUUCUCCGAACUGAAGGAAGCCUUGAAGAAAGAUGGCAUCAUGAACAACGGCAGUUGAAUAUAGCCCCCCCAGCAUAGUCCUAAAUCAAGCGGUUUCCAUGACAAAAUAAUUAUACUUAUUUGGGUGUUGUUAAGCUGUUGCUAUGGCAGCAGACUAUUGGUGUUGUGUUGAGAUGCUGUUAUGUGAGUGAUUUGUGUAAGUUUACCGUAGUCAGCCAUAUUUUGUAAAUCCAGUUGAAUGAAUUCAGAUUGGGACUGACCAAGAUCUCUUUCUUUUCUUAAGCCAAAAGUGUCUAUAUUUAUGUACCUAUUGUUGUUUAUUUAUGAUAUUUAUGUGUUGAUAAAAUGUGUUUUUUAUAUCAUGUUAGCUUUAAAGAGUAAAAAUAUGUUGAAAAUCACUGGUUAUUUGUAAUUUUCUCCUAUAGAGGGGAUUUUUCAAGUAUCAAUACGAAUCAAAUAAUUGUUUUUGUUAAAUUUUAGUUUGAACUAUAGUUUGAAUACUUAGCAUUUAGCAUUAAAUACACUUUUAUAUUAUGGUUGUAAACGAAAAGAAAAAAAUAUUGGUGUUGAACUUGUUUUUUAUUAUUAUUUCAUUUUUGAAACUUUUAGCGUUUUUGGAAAGAUGUGCCAAUUUUCCUUCAAAAUCUUAUUUAAAUGCACUUAAAUUAAGUAUGGACUGAAAUUUAUGACACAUAAUUCUAAGGGAGCCUACUUAGUAUAAUAUACCAGACAAUUUAGUUGCUUCCCUUUACUGCAGUUGUUUGUCUGAACAGUUUUUUUAUUGUAGGUUAGUAAUUUAACCAUUGUUACUAUUAAACAUUUAAAUAUUCUUGAACGAUAAUACUGGUUCAUUAGAUUAUCUGACAAUUAUAUAUAAGUGUCAUAUUUUUAUUUUUGACUCUACCCAUGUGAAUGAACACUAAUUAACACUUAUUAAAUCUUUCAAAUUUUUAUUGAAAUUAAAAGUGCUUGAUAAAUUAUCACAAUGUUAAAUUUUAAAACAUGUUUUCUGAAUAUUCAGGUGUUAAUACUCUCACAUACUUGCAAAGCAAUCUGCACUUCAAGAAAAAAUGAAAAUCAAAAUUUUACAAAUUAUUAUUUAACUUUAUUUUGUCUUUUGUAUGUAUUCCAUGUCAUUUGUAUGUUUAUUGAUAAUUUUGUUGAGCUUUAUUUGUAUAACACAGUUUGUUUUGUACAGAAUUGUUACAAAAAUGAAAAAUCAAAGUACACAAUGUUCAUGAGUACCUUUGACUUAAACUGUUAGAUUUAUGACAAGGGGGCCAAAUGUCUGAACUGUUAGAUUUAUGACAAGGGGGCCAAAUGUCUGAACUGUUAGAUUUAUGACAAGGGGGCCAAAAAUUUGAAGUUGCUCACCUGAGAUAAGAAAUAACUGAUCUGUUUAAACUUAUUUUGACAAAUUUGAAGAGCCUCAUGGAAUUUCACCUGGAUAUCAUAAAAAAAUGGAUUCUGAGCAAGUUUUACGAUGAUUGGGCAAAAAAUGUGGCCUCAAUAGCGCAAGCUUUUCAAUUAAUUUGAGCGAGCAACCAUUUUGUUUACACCAUGUGCCUCAGUUUUGAGAGUGUCAACAAGUUUUUGUACUGUAUUUUGACUUAGUAAUCUAUUUUGUUACCCUAAAUUACCUAGUUCCAACUUCAGGUGAGAUGUCAUUGGGGCAAAUCUCCUGACCAUUUUUUUAAAGAUUAGGUGAAACAAUUGGCCUCGAGUGUUCACAAGCUUUUUCUUUAAUUUGACAUAAUGACCAACAAUUUUAUUCCAUGGGACCCAAUUUCUUACUUGGCAGAGAUAUUGGGACAACUAUUUGACUGAAAAGGAAAUCACACAAAAAUUACCACGAGCAGGUGGUGCUCAGGUGCGCUAAAACAAACUGUGUUUGUAUUUGUGUCUUGCUCUGUUAAAAUUGGGCAUAAUGCAUGUGCGUAAAGUGUCCUCCCAGGUUAGCCUGUGCAGUCCGCACAGGCUAAUCAGGGAUGACACUUUCCGCUUUAAUGGUAUUUUUCGUUUAAAGAAAGACCCUUUUUACCAAAAAUCUAGUUUAAGCGGAAAGUGUUGUCCCUGAUUAGCCUGUGCGGACUGCACAGGCUAAUCUGGGACGACACUUUACGCACAUGCAUUAUGCCCAGUUUUCUCAGAACAAGACACAUUUAAGAGUUUUCUCUGCAUUGUGCAAUAUUUAGCAUGGUAAUUUAUCGUUUAGUGUCUCUCUUGGCACAAGUAAUUAUAUUGGUCACAUAAGGUUCUUUAACUUUAUUAUGCUUUAAUGAUGUUGCAUGAAUUAUAAUUGCAUUUGUUAUCGAAGACACAUAGUAGAAACUGGUUUUGUAAUAUAUUUUCCUUUAUGUUACUCACAUAAGUGAAAGUAAAACCUGUUUGAAUGAUACAGAUACAAAAAUCAAUGGUCUUCAAGGGUUUUUAUUUGUUAAACAUGAAAUAUGCAAGGCAAGAUAUUAACUCAGAGUAAAAUGCACUAAAAAGGAGUGCUAUUGUCCUACUUCUAAUUAGGACAACAAUACAAUCAACAAGCAUCAUGUUGACAUUUGUCUUCCUAUUGAACUAAAUUGGUAUGCCUCCAUUCAACAAAGGCAGUUAAUAGCAGUUGCACUGUCCAUCUGAAAGUCUGUCAAAUGUAUUUUUAAACAUGUAUUUUUAAUCAAAAUAUCCUGUCUCAGCCAUUACUUGUCCAUAUAUUCAUGGAUUUUAACAUUUCCGACUCAGAAUCAAAGUGAAAAUGGCUAUGUGCAAACAGCAUAAAACCAUAACAGCCUGCGAGUAACUUGCAAAUCUGUUUAGGUUUCAUGCUGUUAGCUGCUCACCUGUAUCUAACGGUUGGAAAUGAAGCCUUGAAAACUUGAAUCUAGAAAGAAAGGUCUUUAGUUAAAUUUAACUUUCUAAGGGACAACAUGUCAUAUACAUAAAAAAAACACAUAUCUAAGUGGUAAAGGGUUAAAGUACCUUGGCACAACUAUCCACCAUCAUAAGACAACUUGUUGAGUGGAAUACUCGUCUCCCUACCUCAAAGGUCAAGGUUAGAGGUUAAAGGUAUUAUUUGGCCAUAUCACAGCAUGACAAUGUCAUAAAUAUAACUUUAAUAUAUUUAAAUGGAAUUUAAAAUAACUGGUGUCAUAUGCAAUCCAUAAUAAGGCAAUAUGUCCCGUGUAAAACUGGCCUGCCUAUCUUGAAAGUAAAGGUCAAACUUUAAGUGUUCAACUCUAAAAUUUUCGCUUAAAACAGCUUGUCUGGACUGUUAACUUUUUAUUGUUCAUGUAUCAUGCAAUUUUAAGAUAUCAUAAAUAACUACCAUGAAGAGACAAAGUAUACUUGAAAGAUUGCACUUACAGAUGGAAAGUUGAAUGUGAACAUAACAACUUGUGUUUUUUUUGCCUAAGUGUAGUUUUGAGACAAAAGUGCAAUAUGGGGGCAUCUGUACCCUACUAUGAACACACGUCUUGUUCACUUAUACUUUGUUAGAUAUUAGUUAAAGUACUGGAUUUGUUUUGCUGCUAUUGUGUUGUAUAACCAUAUAUGUUGAUAUCUACAAGAGACAAGCUGUGAUCCCUGUGUGGUGAUACAGUGCAGGGGAUGUAUGGUUGCUAUACAACAGUACUUUAAUAUACCGUAAUUACUCUAUGUUUUCAGACACUCUAAGUUUUCGGACACCCUUUUUUUAGCAAAAAUAAUUAUUUUUCGUGACUCUUAAUUUUCGGACACACAAGUUUUCAUCCAUAAUUAAUGUCUCUAAGUUUCCGGACAGUAUAUUUUACAGCGCUAUUUUACCAAAUUUCGGUCCUGUUUUCGAUAUCUAAUGACACUUCGAUCAUGGGGUUUUACAACCAGAUGAACAUCAUAAAACAUAUGGCAGGUGCAUGCCUGAGGGAAACGGACCAUUUUAUUUGUGUUAUUGGAUAAAUGACCCGGUAAACUGUUAUUUAACAAUGGUUUUGCCCAAUAGCAUAAGCAUUAUGACAAUUACCAGGGCUAGUGCCAAUUAACAGUUCAAUUAUCUACUGCAAUGGUACGACCCCUUCUUGAAGGUGUUAGACAACAACUAUUGGAAAUUAACAAACAAAGAAAACUUCAUAGUUUGCUUUUUUAUUGCGUUAAUUACAGGUUCAUACUACAAGUACGGUACAUCACAUGCUCAUCUUUGAACUCGUUGGUCAAAGUACAACCUUGUAGUAACUUUCUGUCAAAUAAAUUAAGCAUCUAAAAUUAUUUAAAAUGCAGUGCUAACAUAUAUAACUGUAUUUAAUACUAUAUGACAUGUUAUUUUUUCAAGCGCGUGCUAUUACCGGUAGUCAUUGAUACAAUUGACGCUUUUUUCGGACACUUCAAUUUUCGACUCUAAGUUUUCGAACACCUGUAUUUUGUGAAUAUUUUUCGUUUCUAAGUUUUCAGACACGACAAAAAAUGAUUAUUUAUUACCGUCCGAAAACAUAGAGUAAUUACGGUACAUGAAUUUACCCAUAUGGAAUACCUUUGUGCCCGCAGAGAAAAUAUGUAAAAAAUAUGUCAAUAUAAAUAUAAAUAUAUAUAAAGUUGUUGACCAUUUAAAAGUACAUGUAUCAGCUUACAAUGUAGCUUUGUAGAAUAUAAUUAACUUCAAGGUGAACACUAUGUGCUAUGUCUUACUGAUGCUAUUCAUUCUUUAAUAUACUAUUCAUUCUCUUGGUUAAAUCAAAUAGUUUUUUUCUAUUUCAAUAUAGAUUAUGUAUUGUUAUUGUUAUUAUUAUGGAAGUUUGGAGACGAACUACAACAAUCCAUUGUUAUUCUAUUCUGUGAUGGAAUUCUGGCCAGAUUUCUUUGUUUUGUAUUUAUUGACGUUUUGUAGUAUAGUGACUUGCCAUUUGUAUUGACAUUUGAUUGUUUUUUAAGUAUUACAUGUGAACAAUCGUGAUGUUAAAAAUUGAAUAUUUGAAAUUUCAUUAUUUCAUCCAAAAGAACAAACAUAAUAUCCUUUUAAUGUUCCAAGUAUUUAAAUGUGCUGUAUAUUUUGAUUCUUAAUGUAUAAGUACAUAAAAUACUAUGUUUUAAGAUAUAGUGCAUAGUAUGUGAUUGAAAUACAUUUCCAAAUACACAUUGACUUUAUAUUAUACGCAGGUUUAAAACAAAUACUAAAGCAGCCAACACUUACAGAAAAGCUUCUGCAAUAAAAAUAUUAUCAAUAAUUCAACUUUGCUUUGAAAAUUGGUUAGUACUUAAUGAUCCAUUGAUUUUGUAUGACGGAUUUGCUUGUUAAAUGUUUUUUUUCUAUGGAAACUUUGAUGGUUUUGUAUUUGCUUCUGUGAGUCUUGAACGGAAUAAACAUGUUUUGCAAGUUA